GCUGGUGCAUAUGACUUUCCUUCUCCUGAGUGGGACACAGUGACCCCUGACGCUAAAGAUCUGAUUAAUAAGAUGUUGACUAUCAAUCCUUCUAAGCGCAUCACAGCUGCUGAAGCCCUCAAACACCCCUGGAUCUGCCAACGCUCCACUGUAGCCUCUAUGAUGCACAGACAGGAAACCGUGGAGUGCUUGAAGAAAUUCAAUGCCAGAAGGAAACUCAAGGGUGCAAUUUUGACCACUCUCCUGGUCACAAGAAACUUCUCAGGUAUGUCUGGCUCUGCUGACCUGUAUGUGUGAAUGCGUGUGUGUGUGUGUGUGUGUG